AUUCAAAAACAGAAUUUUUAAUGAUUUAAAUUAUAAGUGUCUGAAAAAGUUUAUUUCAUUAAUGAAGGAAGAUUCAUUGAACGCUUAUUUGACCAUCAUGAAGGGGAUCAGUUUAUCAUCAUCUAAUGUAAAUCAUUCGAUUCUCUGGGAUAAUUUGUUUCGAUUCUUGACAGACAUCGGUCAAAUAAAUUUGAUCAAAUCUUACAAACAAACGGCAAUAGAUUUGUUGGUCAAAAAUAUAAUCCUUUCCAAAACCAAAUUAACCGAUCAAUAUGAUUCAUAUUGUUUUCAGCAUACAUUGAAACAAAUCAAUCGGGAAGAAUUUCAAUCAAUUCUUCUACCAUCAUUGCAGAAAGCUAUUCUAAGAAAUCCGGAAAUAUCGCUAAUUCUUAUGGUCCAUAUCAUUGAGCAUCUUAAUAUCGAUUUGUCAGAUUUCAUGGAUGAUAUUUGUAAAAUAUUGGGCUCUCAUCUUCAUUCGAAAAAUGAACUUCUUCAAGAAGAAUCUCUGGAAGCGGUGAAAGUUGUGUCUCAAAAAUGUACGAAAAUCAUUGCAAUCGAAUCAGCCUUAAUUUAUUUUGUCAAAAUUUAUAACGGUAGUGAAGGAAAAUUGACCGUUCUUGCGCAUAGACAUGCCAUUAUAAAAUCGAUUGGUCAUUUAUCAUUAGCCAAAGUUGAUGAUGUCAGUGGCAAACAAAAAUUAUUACAUAUUUCAAUUGAAGAAUUGAUAAAAAUGUCGAAACAAGAAACUGUUGAAUCGUCUUUUGUUUUAUUAUUUCAACAAAUGAAACUUUGGAUUCAACACUCAUCGUCAAAUUUAUUACCGGAUUCUUUUUGGAAAUACAUCAAAGAAUUCGCAAAAUCAAAAUCUUCUUCUCCACCAACAUUAACCACAUUGUACCAUUGUUUGAUCAUUGCAUUCGAAUCAAAACCAAAUGCUUAUAUUGACAAGAUUGACGAUUCUAUUUUAACAUUCAUUUUAAAUUCAGCAAAAAAUGUUUCAACAGCUUUGACCAAAUUACCGAUGGUAAUUGAAAGUCUGUAUGCUUCACUUUUAUUGCUCAAAAUAUAUCAUCUGAAAAAUAAUCUUGCUGAAAAGAUGAAAAAUUUCCUCUCAUCAUUACAAAAUCUAAUGUCGAUUACAUUUUUGACCGAUAAAUUUAUUGUACAAGUUUCCCCUGAAAAUCUUGUCAAUUUGAUUGAUUUUAUUUUCAAUCUUAUUCGUAAUAUAAAAAAUUUGAACAAAGAUAAUCAAUCGUUUCUUUAUAAAGCUAUUGUUUUAUUAAUGUGUCAUCAAUCCGUAAUAAUACGAAAUAAUGCUAUUGAAAAAUUCAAUGCUUAUUGCCAGGAAGAUGGAUCAUUUCGUACAGAAAUGAUUCAAAUAUUUAAUGAUCUAUAUCAAGAAAAUCAACAAAUGGAAUCGGAACAACAACCUAAUAAUAAUUACAGUAUUUUGCGAUGUGCACAAGCAUUGCUAAAUCAUUGUAAUCUAUAUGAAGAUGAUAAAAUGUUUAAUUCAAUCCUACAUCUUUGUCAUCAUCCAAUCAUUUUUCGACAAAAUCCAAAUCUUUUCAUUAAGGAUUAUCUUCAUAAACAUUUUUCGGAUCGAAUUAAAAUCGAUGAAUUUGUUGAUAGAAAUUUUAAGCAAUUUACACAAAUCAUAUUCGAGGAAUGGUUUGGUCGUUUGACAAGAUUGAAUUUAUCACGAACUUUGAUGAGAUUGAAACCACAUUGUUUUGCCGAACAUUUUGUACUGACCAUUUAUGAAGAUAUCAAUAAACAUCUUACCGAAUUCAAAUCAAUCACCGAAGAUGAUUUUGAAAUUUUCAAAACGCCUGAAGAACAUCUUUAUAAUCGAACUGCGGUAAUCGAAGCUGGUGGUAUCCAAGACGAUAAAAAUCUUAAACGUGAAAGUAAACUAUAUUCACAUAAAGAACAAUUAGCCGAAAUUCAAUUGCGUAAAGAACUUGAAGAGAAACGAAAAAAUCAGGAGCCUGAAUUCAAUCCGGCAAAAUUUUCGAAAAAACAGAAAGAAAUUUAUGCACAAGAAAUGGCCAAAGAGAAAAAAAUCCGUGAUCACUUGAAUAGUCUGUAUGAACAAUUUUCCUUCGAAACCGAUCUUUUAGCAACCAUAAUCGAUACGAAUCCAAUGGUUGCAUCUAUUCAUUUUAAGGAUGUCCUUUUCACUUAUGUCAAUCUAUUUGCAUCAUAUUUAACUUUUGAAAAAGCUGUUGAUUUUUUCCGAUCAAUCAGUUCAAAAAUGAUGAUUUCAUCCAUAAUCAAAGUGGAUGGCAAUUAUUCUUUACAAGUUCAAAUUAUCAUCAACACCAUAAUCAACCUGUAUAGAUCGAAAGAUAAUUCUAAAAAUUAUUUCGAUCUAGUCGAACAAAUUAUAGAAUAUAUCUACGAUAGAACAUGUCCAAAUAUUAAGAAUUAUGAUGAAAAAUUAGUUAAAAAAACGGAAAAUAAUCGUUUGACUACACCGGCAUUCACGUUCGUAUUUCCAUUAUUUCGUUUUGUUUUACUUGAUAUGAACAAAUCUGAUUCAGAUAAUUAUGAUAAAAUUGUCGAGAAAUGUUUAUUAAUCAUCAACGAACAUGCUAAGAUGCGUUGUUAUACGGAAAAAGAAGAAGAUAAUCUUAAAAAUCCUGGAAAUUUGCCAAUAAAAUUAAUACUGGAGACAUUAUUUGCAUUCAUGGAAAAUGAAGAUGCCGAUACUGGCUGUGAUGAAUUGGUUGCCAAUACAUUGAUCGAAGUGGUCACAAGUGUUAAUAAUGAAAUUGGUUGUGGAACGGCAAAUCCUCGUGAUAUACUUGUCUUACUUAGCUAUACAUCACAUCAAGAUGAUCUUAUUCGUCUUACCAGUUUUGAAUCAUUGUUCAUACUUACUGAACAGGUAUUGUUAUUUCUGGACAAUGAAUAUUGUCGUCAAAAAUUAGCUCAUCGUUGUUUUAUCGGACAAUUCGAUAUAUUGCCCGAUUGUCAAGCAUUUUCGAAUCAAAUUUUCAAACUAUGUCAUUUUACUACGAAUCGUUUGUUUUUGAAUGUUAUUCUUGAUGAAGAUAUAGAUUCUAUCAACCUAAAAAUGACACAGCCUGUUUCUGAAGCAUAUAAAACUUUAAUAGAAGAAUUUUCAUCCGAACUGCCAGAAUGCUAUACAAAAUUGAUAAAAUUUUAUCAAAUGAAAGCUGCAGCUGCCAAACCAGUGCUUGAUAAUUUCGGUCGACCAUUAACCAAAAAUCAAACUGAUCAAUAUGAACCACGAUUAACAAUUGCAUACAUUUUGGAAAAAAUUGUUCAUCUUUUUGACGAUAACCUUUUUGAAUUAUUCAUAAAUUUUCUUGUGCCAGAAGCAUUAAGCGAUCAAAAUGAAUUAGUUAGACGAGCAAUGCUUGAUGCUGGAAGACGAUGUGUCAAUGUUCAUGGUGAAAAAAAUAUCUCCUAUCUUCUCAGAUCAUUCGAAACAUUCUUAGAUUCAGCACCGGAUGAUCAUGAAACUGAUAUUGUUCGUGAAAGUGUUAUCAUUUUGAUGGGAACAUUAGCUAGACAUAUUGAAAGUGAUAAUCCAAAAUUGAAACCAAUUCUAAGUAAACUUGUUGAAGCUUUGUCGACACCUUCAAAAAUCGUGCAAGAAGCUGUCGCUAAUUGUUUACAAUAUCUGAUUCCUAAAUUUAAAGAUGAUGCUCCAGCUUUAUUGCAAAAAUUACUAGCAUUCUUAUUCCAAUCAGAUUCGUAUGGUGAACGUAAAGGAGCUGCGUAUGGAAUUGCCGGUAUUGUCAAAGGUCUUGGAAUAUUAUCAAUCAAUAAAUUGGGAAUCAUGGAUGCAUUGACUCAAGCCAUACAAGCUAAAGAUAAACCAAAUAAUCGUGAAGGUGCUUUGUUCGCUUUUGAAAUGUUAUCACGAAUGUUAGGCCGAUUGUUCGAACCAUACAUUGUACAUAUUUUACCUUAUCUAUUGGAUUGUUUUGGUGAUAGCAGUACACGUGUUCGUAAAGCUGCUGAUGAUACCGCCAAAAUAAUUAUGUCGAAUUUGACUGCUUAUGGCGUAACAUUAAUUUAUCCAGCUAUAUUGACGGCUCUUGAAGAUGAUUCAUGGCGUAAGAAAACAAGUUCAAUCGAACUACUUGGAUCAAUGGCUUUCUGUGCCCCAAGACAAUUAUCACAAUGUUUGCCAAAAAUUGUACCUAAAUUAAUGGAUGUAUUGAAUGAUUCACAUCCAAAAGUUCAACGAUCAUCAGCUGAAGCAUUGAAACAAAUUGGUUCAGUAAUCAAAAAUCCAGAAAUUCAAGAAAUUGUCCCUGUUUUAUUGAAUGCUCUACAAGAUCCGGCCAAUAAAACCAAUGAAUGUUUGAACGUUAUGAUGAAAACGAAAUUCGUUCAUGUUAUUGAUCCACCAUCGUUGGCUUUGAUCAUGCCGGUGAUUGAAAGAGCUUUUCAAAAUCGUUCUACUGAAACGAGAAAAAUGGCUUCACAAAUUGUUGGAAAUAUGUAUGCCUUGGCUAAGAGCAAAGAUCUGUCACCAUAUCUAUCGUCAAUCAUUCCUGGUCUGAAGAAUUCAUUGUUAGAUCCAGUACCUGAAGUUCGAACAGCUACUGCUCGUGCAUUGGGCGCCAUGGUUCGCAGCCUUGGAAAUGAAAUACUUGAUGAUUUACGACCAUGGUUAGAACGAAUGCUCAUUUCAGAACAAAGUUCGGUUGAUCGUUCUGGUGCAGCUCAAGGUUUGGCCGAAGUUCUCGGUGGUUUGGGCAAAGAACAUCUGGACAAAUAUAUGCCCAAAAUAUUGGAAGUUACAGAAAAUCCAGAUGUACCAGCUUAUGUGAAAGAUGGUUUCAUCAUGCUUUACAUUUAUUUGCCAUCAGUUUUUACUCAACAUUUUGCUUCUUACAUCAGCCGAGUUAUCAAUCCUAUACUUAAAGCGUUAGCCGAUGAAAAUGAAUUUGUUCGUGAAACUUCGUUGCGUGCCGGUCAACGAAUUGUCAAUAUGUAUGCUGAAACAGCCAUUCAAUUAUUGUUACCUGAAUUGGAAAGAGGAUUGUUCAAUGAAAAUUGGAGAAUCCGUUAUAGUUCAGUUCAACUUCUUGGUGAUUUAUUGUUCAAAAUUACUGGUCUAACGGGCAAGAUGACCACCGAAUCACAAAGUGAAGAUGAUAAUUUCGGUACAGAUCAAUCACAUAAAGCCUUGAUCGAUGCAUUGGGCGAAGAACGACGAAAUCGUGUUCUUUCCGGUCUUUAUAUGGGUCGAUCUGAUGUGUCAUUACAAGUUCGACAAGCAUCACUUCAUGUUUGGAAAGUCAUUGUUCCGAAUACGCCGAGAACAUUACGUGAAAUAUUACCUGUUUUAUUUUCAUUACUGUUGGAAUGUUUGGCCAGUAAUUCUCAUGAUCGACAACAAAUCGGAGCUCGAACAUUGGGUGAUUUGGUUCGCAAACUUGGUGAACGUAUUCUACCAGAAAUUAUACCCAUUCUUGAAGAUGGUCUCAAAUCAGAUCGACCAGAUCAACGUCAAGGUGUUUGCAUUGGUCUUAGUGAAAUAAUCAUUUCUACCAGUAGAGAAAUGAUUCAAGCUUUUGCCGAUAAUUUUAUCGCCACUGUUCGCAAAGCAUUGUUUGAUGAAUUACCCGAAGUACGACAAGCAGCCGCGCAAAGUUUUGAUCAUUUACAUUCAGCAAUUGGUGAUAAAUGUUUGAGCGAUAUACUCAAUUAUUUAUUGAAUCAUAUUGAUGAUCCAAUAUAUGGUGAUCGUGUUCUCGAUAGUUUGAAAGCAAUAAUCUCGUACAAAAGUCGAGUAGUUCUGCCUAAUCUCAUUCCAAAGUUAACGACAAAACCGGUAAAUACUCGAGCAUUGUCCAUAAUUGCUUCGGUCGCUGGUGAAUCUUUCUCUAAGCAUUUACAUCUUGUUAUGCCACCUUUAUUGUCAUCAUUGAGCGAAUCGUUUAAUAGUCCUAAUUUUGAUGAGCAAUUGGAAUAUUGUCAAAAUGUAAUAGUUUCAAUAUCGGAUGAAGAAGGCGCUCGUACUGUAAUACUAACAUUAUUGGAUGCAAGUAAAUCCGAUAAUUUAAAUAAAAAACGAGCAGCAAUCAUGUUAUUAACACAUUAUUGUAAACAAUCUAAACCCGGAACAACCUCAGAAUUCAAUUCAACAAUAUUGACAUAUUUGAUAGAUUUUUUUGCUUCAAAUGAUGAAUGUAUUUUAUCUAAAGCAAGUGAAGCAAUGGCUGCAAUCAUUAAAAAUCUUGAUAAAUGGCAACAGGUCGAAGUUAUACCGGAAGUUUAUCGUAAAUUAUAUAAUACGUUGAAUGAAAGAUUACCGGAAAAUUAUCGCCGAAUGGGUGUAUUUACCUAUUCAUAUUCACCUUUAACAAGCAAUUAUCGAUAUGUUGAUAAUCCUGAUUUUUAUUUUCCCGGAUUUUUGUUCAACAAAGCUAUUCAGGCAUUAUUGAUUUUAUUCAACAAAUCUAUCACUGGAAAUAAUUUCGAACUUCGUCUUAUUGGCUCCAAUGCUCAUCGUAUGAUUGUCAUACAUUCUAGUCCCGAAGCAUUGAAACCAUCAUCUAUGAUUCUUUGUGGCUCUAUGUUGCGAUUAUUAUGUGAUCAUCCAAAAGAUGAUGUAAAAAUCAUUGUCAUCGAUGUCCUUUCAUUAUUGUUGAUGAAGAUGGGUGUUUUCCUCAAACCGUUUUAUCCACAAAUUCAGAUGAUAUUUUUUAGAUCAUCGUUUGAAUCGAAAAGAGCGCUUCGAUUACAAGCAGCGACUUGUAUUAGUCGAUUCAUUCCGAUUCAUCCGAAACCAGAUUCUUUUCUCACCGAAUUAUUGGCAUUGAAUAAGAGUUGUCCAAUUGAACCACCUUAUUUGAAAGAAACGGGCUUCUUCGGACUUAGAUUAGCUAUUGUUACAGCUGGCGAGCGAUUUUCUUCAUCUGUACAUCGUCAACUAUAUGAAUAUGCCAACGAAUAUAAAGAAGAAAUGAAAAAUGAAAUUCAACAAACGGCUGCACCGGUCAUCGGAGCGUUGUGUCGAGUUGUCGAUGAUGAAUUAUUGGAUGAAAUUGGUCAUAAAUUUUUAUUGCAGGAUGAAGUAAAUUUCAUUCAACAUGCACGAAAAUUUCGGGCUAUUGUUCUAGCAAUUGCAUUGAAAGAUGCUGCUCAUCGAACUUUAGGUCGAAACAGUGAUUGGUCGACAAUGAUACAUCAAAAUGUUUUAAGCUUGAUCAGCUCAUCAAUUUAUCAGCUUGCUAUUUAUGGCAUCAAAUGCGCAACAUAUAUUAUUCAUUAUUCAUUACAAAAUGAUUUAGUUAUUGAUAAAAAUCUUCUUCAUACUUAUGCCAAGACAAUGAAUCAUCAACGAAAUGAAGUUAAACAGGCAAUGAAUCAAGGUACAAUAUUCUGGGCAAAUCGAUUUCCUAGCAACAAAGAUAUACCGGAUCAGGUAUUACUUUUAAUGGUACCGCAAUUGGUCAAUGGUACAAAAGAAAAGAAUACUGCAGUACGAGCAUUUGCUGAACAAGCAUUAAUAUCAUUAUUAAAAUUACGUGAAGAAAAUUCACCUAUUCUGGAAAAAUGUCUUAAAAUAAUGGGUUCUGGAGCCGUCGAAUCAUUACAAGAAUGUGUAGCAAAAAUCAAGAAAAGUGUACUUAAAAAUGAAUUCAAAGAAGAAGAAUUUGAUGAAACAUUAAUUUUUCGUGUUGUAACAUCAGAAGAGAUUUGAAAUGAUUAAUUUUUAUUUGUAAAUUCUUCCAUUCUUUUUUUUUAAUU